CGUACAAGCAACCAGUGACAAGGAAGCCAGGUUAUCGCCAUAUUUUCUGAAGGCACCUUCCGGGUCCCUUAACCCGGGUGUCUAUGUCCAAGCGGCCAUGGAGUGAAUAAACACUGAGGACUUUCGUUUGUCCCUAUCAGAAUCCCCGAAUCCCUAGCUGCUCGUCCCUGCUACUUCGGUUCCCUCGACUGCAUUCGGACGCCACAGCUGGGCGGGGCCCGGGCCCGGGCGGCCCUUCCUGUGGACGACAAAGGCUGAGGCCGGGAGCGGGGAGGCGGUGGCCCCGGGGACAGGGCGCCCGCUGCUCGGGGCUGGAAGACCCCAUGGCGCCGCCCCCAGCCCCGCUUCUGGCGACGAGACCCGGGGAGACCCGGCCUGGUUGCAGGAAGCCCUGGGCCGUGAGCUUCGCGGACGUGGCCGUGUACUUCUCCCCGGAGGAGUGGGGGUGCCUGCGGCCCGCGCAGAGGGCCCUGUACCGGGACGUGAUGCGGGAGACCUACGGCCACCUGGGCGCGCUCGGAUUCCCGGGCCCCAAACCAGCCCUCAUCUCUUGGAUGGAACAGGAGAGCGAGGCUUGGAGCCCCGCCGCCCAGGAUCCUGAGGAGGGGGAGAGCCUGGGAGGAGCUCGGAGAGGGGAUGCCCCAAACAAGCAGGAAGAGGAACCCAAGGAAGGGCCAAGAGCCGAAGGACCUGGAAAGUCCCCCGGGAAAGAGCAGCCCGAGGAGCAGGUUAAACACACCCCCAAGUGUACUGUCAGCGGGGCUUCGGCAAGAGCACAGCCAGCCACAAAAGCUGCCUGGGAGCAGAUCACAGGCGCGCAGCCACCUGUCCCUGUGGCUAGCGUGGAUGCCCAGGCCAGCCAGCGGCGACACGUGUGUGCAGACUGUGGCCGCCGCUUCACCUACCCCUCGCUGCUGGUCAGUCACCGGCGCAUGCACUCGGGGGAGCGGCCUUUCCCCUGCCCCGAGUGCGGUAUGCGCUUCAAGAGGAAGUUCGCCGUGGAAGCGCACCAGUGGAUCCACCGCUCCUGCUCUGGGGGGCGGCGGGGCCGGAGGCCUGGGAUCCGGGCUGUGCCUCGGGCCCCAGUCCGAGGUGACCGGGACCCACCUGUGCUCUUCCGGCACUACCCGGACAUCUUUGAGGAGUGCGGCUGAGCGGCUCCCACGGCUGGAGUUGAGCCUGACCUUGGCGCUAAGGACGGACUGACUGAGCCCUCAGGUGGGCUCCUGAGUCAGGGACCUGAGGACUGCAAUUCUUCCCUUGGGCUUUCCGUAAGGAUCCCUCAAGUUUCCAACUUGUAAAAAGAGAAGUGCCUGUAAAGAUUCCAACAGAUUAAACUUGCUGCCCUCUCCCCAGUCUUUUGUAAAAGAAAACAAAGAGAGUGAGACACUGGACUUUUCUCAAAGUGUUAUCUCAGUAGCAGGUGCAACAGAGAUCUUUCCAUCAUCUCAGGAAACGUACAUUUCUCCUUAAUCUACUUCAGAGGCAAAUGGUGGGGGACUAAGGCCUGGGGAGGAGGCCCAGACGGAGGAUGUGGUCAAGCCCUAGCUGUUGUCACCAGCAGGGAGCCCAUGGUGUGUGGGGAGGGUGGGAAGAGCGCAGAGGCACACGCAGUAGUCCAGUCUCUGCAGCUGGCCCCUAGGCAGAGCCGGUAGGUCGCAUGCCCUCCCUGAGCCUCAUUUCCCUCAUCUGUAAAAUGCGGAUUAAUAAUAUCUACCUCAAAGGGUUACUGUGAAGACUGACAUUUUAACAAGAUAAUAUGUAUGACAUAGUAAAUGUGCAAUAAACUUGUGUUGAAAGAA